AUGUUUCGCGCAAUUCCCGAAGUGAGCCGCAUUUGCUCAAUGCAAGAGCGCUCAAGGCAAUACAAGCUUCAUCUUGAAGCCCUUCAAAAGAUUAAGAAUCAAAACGCUAUCAAACGCGCGGCUUCUGCUCAGAAUAAAUUACUUAACAAACCAUUAAGGCCUGUUUCACUUCACGGCAAGGCACAAAGAGAAGAGCAACAGAGAAUUACAUAUGAGAACGAAAAAAUGUAUCAUGCCAUUGUUUACAGAACAUCAUACAUCAAUCGUGCAGAUUUCUUUGAGCAUGAACGUGAUCACGAGCAUCAGGUUUGGAGAAUGACCCAUAAUGGCGUUGGCUCAUACGGCUUCUCAGAUCCAAAUGCUAAGAAGAAACGCCAGGAUGAUUACAAAUUCAGCAAAACAGAACCACAGACAACAAAGGAUUCACCAUCGACAAAGUCACCACAAAAGUCAAAGGAAGAUGAAAACAAGGAGGAGAACCAGAACGAAAACUCUACAUCUCUUCGCGCUGAAGUUGAGAAAAAACUUGAGCCAAUGGAUGACAAGGAACAGAACCAGGGAAAUAACCAGACUAAUAUUAGCCAAGGCAUGAAGCCACAGGAGAACAAACCUCAAGAAAAGAAGGAUAAACAAGGAAAUUCAUUAAGUCUCAAAGCCGAAGUCAAGGAUGAAGUCGAUGAUGUCGAAGAAGCUGUUGUUAAAGAUGAACCCGCCCCAGCUAACCAGUAA